UUUGUGUCUUCAUAUAUAGCUAUGAAAUUUUGCAUUAGUUUUUUUUUUUUUUAAAUUAUGCAUUUGAGAUGGUUAUGAUGUCAUUCAAAGAAUUCUGUGAGCUUAAAACUACCAUCCCUUUUUGGAGAGUUAUUAUAAUCGAAAUUCAAUUAUUUGAUCACUCAUUGUUUUAUGGUUCAAUCUCAGUAAAAUGUGAAUUGUUUUUAAGGGAUAAGCUUUUUGAAAGUUUUAACGAAGACAUUCCUAUUUAGCUUUCAUGAACUUUCAAUGCCACAAGCAGCAUGUGAAUUGUUUUAACUGCAAGUUUUGAGCUGGAAAGCUCAUUUUUGGAAUUCUGAAUUGAAUAGGGUAGUGAAUAUAAACAUUUGGUUAAAAAAAAGAAGAGAAAAUCUAGGAUAGCUUAAAAUGAAAAGUACCUUACUAGAUUAGUAAUCUAUUUCUGAAAAUGAAGAAAAUAAUAUAAUAAAAUAAGGAUAUUGCCAUUUAUGGUGAUUUAUGUCAAUAAGGAUACUAUUUUAUCCAUUAUUUAAAUUUUCAUUUCAACGUAUAUUUACCCCACAAGCAUGAAUUUUACUAUUUUGUUUAACUGUGUGCCUUGUAGUAUACUUUGUUGUGUGGGAUUUGUUGGUUUCUCAAUUAUUUUUCUAUUGGUUUGGUUAGUAUGGAUAAUACUAAGUGAUUGAAAGUUGAUAAGUUUUCUGCAGUUAAUAUUUUUAGUUAGUUUUUGAGUUUUGAAGAAUUGCAUGAUUAUGUGACUCAAUUUGAUUAUCCAUUGAGUCGUUUGUUUUUUUUUUUUUUUAAUUUUUAUGCCAGAUGCAAAUAGUUUAGUGCCUGAAUCGAUUAUUGAACCUUUUAAUCUCAUUAUUCUAACAUGGUCUGUGAUCCUUGAAAAAUCAUUUAUUUGCAAGAAACUUUAAAUUUUCUGGUGAAACUUUAAAUUUUCUGGUGACAGACAAAAUCAAAGACUAUUGCUAGUUAACUAUAAAUUGAGUCCCUUCACUUGCAAUGACUGGUCUUUUGUUUUUCACUUUCGUUUUGAAGGACAUGGUGGGAAUAUUCAGGCGCAUUGAAAAGUGUUCUAAGUUGACCUCACAUCGGUUAAUGAGAAACAUGAUGUCUGAAGAGGCUGGACAGAUGCUUGUGGUUUAUGAUGAACCCUCAGAGCAGCAAUCUCUGUCCUUGGAUGAUACCAGUAGCACAGAGGAAUCACCUGAUGAAACCAGACUAUCAUUAGAAUCUAAUAAUGAUGUAAUUCCAUAUAUUGGGCAGAGGUUCGCUACCCAUGAUGCAGCUUAUGAUUUCUACAGUGAAUUUGCAAGGCGAUGUGGAUUCUCAAUCCGUCGUCAUCGCACAGAAGGAAAAGAUGGGGUUGGCAAAGGACUCACCAGACGUUAUUUUGUCUGUCACCGUGCUGGAAAUACUCCUGUCAAAACCUCAAAUGAAAGCAAGCCUCAGAGGAACAGAAAAUCCUCCCGGUGUGGGUGUCAAGCAUAUAUGAGGAUAAGCAAAACCACAGAGUUAGGGACACCAGAAUGGCGUGUCACUGGUUUUGCAAACCACCAUAAUCAUGAACUCCUAGAACCAAAUCAAGUCCGUUUCCUUCCAGCAUAUCGAACCAUAUCAGAUAUGGACAAGAGCAGAAUUCUUAUGUUUGCCAAAACAGGAAUUUCAGUGCAGCAAAUGAUGAGGCUCAUGGAGCUUGAAAAAUGCGUGGAGCCAGGAUAUUUACCAUUCACUGAGAAGGAUGUGAGGAAUUUACUUCAGUCCUUCAGGAAAUUGGAUCCAGAGGACGAAAGCAUAGACUUAUUAAAAAUGUGCAGAAACAUCAAAGAGAAAGACCCCAACUUUAAAUUUGAAUACACACUUGAUUCAAACAAUAAGUUAGAGAAUAUAGCUUGGUCAUAUGCAUCAUCAAUCCAGUCAUAUGAGAUCUUUGGUGAUGCAGUAGUGUUUGAUACAACACAUCGCUUGGCUGCAUUUGACAUGCCUCUUGGGAUAUGGGUUGGAGUGAACAACUAUGGAAUGCCGUGUUUCUUCGGCUGUGUGCUUUUACGAGAGGAAAAUUUAAGGUCAUUAUCAUGGGCAUUGAAGGCGUUCUUAGGGUUUAUGAAUGGGAAGGCUCCACAAACAAUUCUAACUGACCAAAAUAUGUGCCUUAAGGAGGCAACAGCAAUGGAGAUGCCAUCAACGAAACAUGCACUUUGCAUAUGGAUGAUUGUAGCAAAGUUUCCAUCCUGGUUUAAUGCUGUUCUGGGAGAACGUUAUAAUGACUGGAAGGCAGAAUUCCAUCGACUCUAUAAUCUGGAGUCCAUUGAGGAUUUUGAACUGGGUUGGAGGGACAUGGUUAAUUCUUUUGGGCUGCACAAUAACAGGCACAUCACAAACUUGUAUGCCUUGCGGACUCUUUGGGCAUUACCAUACUUGAGAAGCCAUUUCUUUGCUGGAAUGACAGCAGCUGGGCAUUCAAAAUCAAUUAAUGCUUUCAUCCAACGAUUUCUGAGCGCACAGACUCGGCUUGCACAUUUUGUGGAACAAGUUGCUGUUGCUAUAGAUUUUAAAGAUCAAGCUGCUGAUCAGCAAACAAUGCAGCAGAAUCUCCAAAACGUAUGUCUAAAAACAGGGGCACCAAUGGAAUCCCAUGCUGCUACAGUCCUCACACCGUAUGCCUUCUCUAAGCUCCAGGAACAACUUGUUUUGGCUGCCCACUAUGCAUCAUUCCAGGUGGAAGAUGGCUUUCUUGUGAGACACCACACAAAACUUGAGGGAGGCCGUAAAGUAUAUUGGGUUCCUAGGGAAGGCAUCAUUAGUUGCAGCUGCCAUCAGUUUGAGUUCUCUGGAAUUCUCUGUCGGCAUGCUUUCCGAGUUCUUUCCACAGGAAAUUGUUUUCAGAUUCCAGAAAGGUAUCUCCCCUUCCGUUGGCGUAGGAUCAGCACAUCCCCAGCAAAACUUCUUCACAAUUCUCCAAAUGUUCAUAGAGAAAGAAUGCAGUUAUUGCAGAACAUGGUAUCAACUCUAGUAACUGAAUCUUCCAAGUCAAAAGAAAGGCUGGACAUGGCCACUGAUCAAGUUUCCAUCCUUUUAUCUCGCAUCAGGGAGCAGCCAGUUCCAUCACAUGGUGAGAGAGAUAUCAUGUCCAUCCAUCGAAAUCUUUAGCCCAGAGACUAUAUCUUGAACAGUUAGCAUUGUCCGAAUUCUCUUGGGAAGCAGGGAAAACAUACCAACAUUUUGGUAAAGAAAGCAACUUGGCUGUAUCUGUAAAGCAAUGAGUAGACGAACUACUGCACUGUGGAUUGAAAUUCUGCAUGAAAAUUUUUGUAGCUUUGGUUCAUGCAAACAUUACAUGUUGUAUUUCCCUGACAGUAUUUUUCAUGCUCAUUCUUAUGGGAGUUCUUAGAAGUUAGUUUCAUGUACAAAUAUAUAUUAUAUAAUAUAAUGGAGAAAAGAUUUUGUUA